UGAUCAAAAAAGCAACUUAAGUCCGCCCUGUAUAAAAAGGGAGGUACGGGCUCUCUGAAACUUAGUUUCUGCGCACCAUCAACAUGUUGACAUCAAGUCAAGUUGGUUUUGCAACAAUGUUAAUCCAGUUUUGUUUCAAGAACGUCCACAGCUUCUUAUCAGCUCUGCUGGGAUGGAUUUGUACAUCGUAUCGCACGCAGAUGCAGCAAACACCUCUCGGAAGCAUCAGUCGCCCGAAGACUCGCAUCCAAGAGCAGAAACGGGGAUCCAGCACUCAGCUGACUACCCCAAGCAGUGUAAACUACCAUUUUACAAGGCAGUGCAAUUACAAAUGCGGAUUUUGCUUUCACACUGCGAAAACUUCAUUCGUCUUGCCUAUUGAAGAGGCAAAGCGAGGCUUACGACUUCUGAAAGACGCAGGAAUGGAAAAAGUAAACUUUUCGGGCGGAGAGCCCUUCCUUCACGAGAGGGGUAAUUUUCUGGGAGAGUUGGUGCGGUUCUGCAAACAGGAGCUGCAAUUGCCGAGCGUCAGCAUUGUUAGCAACGGCAGCCUGAUCAGAGAAACCUGGUUCCAGAAAUACGGUGACUACUUGGACAUCCUGGCAGUAUCUUGUGACAGUUUUGACGAGAACACCAAUAAAGUCAUAGGUCGAGGUCAGGGCCAGAAGAGUCACCUGGACAAACUACAUAAAGUUCGUAACUGGUGCCGGGAGUAUAAGGUGGCUUUCAAAAUCAACUCUGUUAUCAACACCUACAACGUGGAUGAAGAUAUGACCGAGCAGAUCUCUGCUCUGAACCCAGUGCGCUGGAAGGUCUUCCAGUGUCUGCUAAUUGAAGGUGAAAACGCAGGGGAGGACAGCCUCCGCGAGGCUGAGAAAUUUGUCAUUAGCGAUCAGCAAUUCCAAGACUUCCUGGAUCGCCACCAAAACGUUAAGUGUCUGGUUCCAGAGUCUAAUCAAAAGAUGAGAGACUCUUACCUGAUUCUUGAUGAAUAUAUGCGCUUCUUGGAUUGCCGAGAGGGGAGGAAAGAUCCGUCCAAGUCCAUUCUGGAUGUUGGUGUGAAAGAGGCCAUCACGUUUAGUGGUUUUGAUGAGAAGAUGUUCCUCAUAAGAGGAGGGAAAUAUGUGUGGAGCAAAGCAGAUAUGAAACUGGAGUGGUGAACUGCUUUAGUAUUGACGUUUUUACUCUGUGUUUACAUUGAGACCUGAGUUAAUUUAUCUAGUAAUAAACAACUGUAUGGUAUAUUUACAUAAGUCACGACACAACUCCAUAAUGGUGCAUAAAUGUCUGUGUGGUCAUUAUUUAUAAGAGAUUUUACUGCAGUGAAAUUACAUACUUACAUAUAUAAAUUUAAUUACAUAUAUAGAAGGAUAAUUGUGAUUUUGUAUAUAUGGUUUUUAAUACAUUUUGUAUUAAGUUAUGCUUGUUUUUUUUUU